GAUCCUGCGAGCGGCGCAGUCGAGAGACAUCAGAGUGGAGCCGGUCCCGCCGCAGAGGGAGGGAGAGACAGACGGACGGACGCCCUUAGCGUACCCGGUGCCGAGAGGGAAAGCGAGAGAGACACCCGGAGUGCACCUGGUCCCGGUGCAGAGCUUGGAAGAGACACCGGGAGUUUGCUCGGUCCCGGCAGAAGGAAAGAGAGAGAGAGAGCAGGGGCGACACCCGGAGCGUAGAGAGUGAAUCUGGCGGAGCGGCCCCGGCCAAGAGGAAGAGAGAGGGCCCUGGGUGCGGCGUGAAUCGAAAGGAUGGCGGAGGAGGGCGCAGUUCAGGUGUGCGUCCGCCUGAGACCCCCCAGCUCUCGAGAGAAAUCUCCACAAGGACAUAGUGAAGGCUCUGUUGUUCAUUGGAAAACAGACAACCAAACUAUUUCCCAGAUUAAUGGAGGCAAAUCGUUUAUUUUUGACCGAGUGUUCCAUUCAAAUGAAACAACGGAAACGGUUUAUGGUGAAGUUGCACAUUCGAUUGUGUGUUCUAUAACUGAAGGCUAUAACGGCACUAUUUUUGCAUAUGGACAGACGUCUUCUGGAAAGACUUAUACGAUGAUGGGAAAUGCAAAUGCUCCUGGUCUUAUUUGUUUGGCGAUCUGUAAUUUAUUCAAUGUUAUUAAAGAUAUGCCGAAUAGAGAAUUUCUGUUGCGUGUUUCUUACAUGGAAAUUUACAAUGAAUCUGUAUCAGAUUUACUUAGUGAUUCAAAACGAAGACCUCUGGAAGUUAGGGAAGAUAUGGAGAGAAUUAUUUAUGUUGCUGAUCUGAUUGAAGAAGUGGCUGUAACUUACGAGGACGUUAUGAAAUGGGUCAAGAAAGGAGAAAAAAACAGGCAUUAUGGAGAAACCAAAAUGAAUGAACGGAGUAGCCGAUCGCAUACAAUUUUUAGAGUGAUUGUGGAAAGCAGGGAUAAAAACAAUGAAGCUGUUAUGGUUGCCCAUCUGAAUUUGGUCGAUCUGGCAGGCAGUGAACGGGCCAGUCAAACAGGAGCAGAAGGUGUUCGUUUAAAGGAAGGAUGCAAUAUCAACCGUAGUUUGUUUGUACUCGGUCAAGUUAUUAAGAGGCUAAGUGAUGGUCAAGCUGGCAAUGGAUUUGUAAAUUAUAGAGACAGUAAGGUGACUCGAAUCCUCCAGAACUCAUUAGGCGGCAAUGCAAGGACACUAAUUAUUUGCACAAUUACUCCAGCUGCUUUUGAGGAAACUCUCAGUACUCUUCAGUUUGCAAGCACUGCUAAAUUCAUGAAGAACACGCCUCAUGUGAAUGAAGUGUUGGAUGACCAAGCAAUGUUGAAACGAUGUCGCAAAGAAAUAACGGAUCUGAAUAAUCAUCUGGAAGAGCUUGCUUCAGAAACACGUGUCCAUGAAUUGGAGAAAGCUCAAUUUUUGUCGGAAAAACACCAAAUUAAGCAGGAACAUGAAGAAAAGAUAAAGAACUUGACAAAGAUGCUUGUCAGAGUUUUGCCUGAGGGAGAUCCGCUAAGUACAAAGGCCAGAAGAAAAAGGAGAUUUACCUGGGCGCCUGGAAAAUUGCGAACCAGCUUGAAUACGGCAACAGCUAAUGAUGCAAAAAUUAUAAAAUUAGAUCAAGUCUUUCAAGAGCUAGAUGAAAUUCCUGAAGAAAUUCCAGAUGAUCAGCAGUUAGAUAAGCAAAUCACAAUAAGAGGAAGAAGUUUUAGCUACCAGAUACAGCCAUUUGAUGAUUCUCCACAGUUUGGUGAUCAAAGUCGAUUGAGUGAAACCUCCUUUAUGAGCGUGCUGCACGAUAGAUCUGCAAAGGAUGAAUUUGAAAAAAGAAUUUCUGAGUUGGAGAAAGAGAAAGAAGUCCUAACAGAGGAGAGAGAAAAGGAAAUUAUACAGCUAAAGAAUAAUGCAGAGCACUUUGAGAAACAGUUAAAGGAGAGUGUUGAACUUUGUGAACUACUCUAUUCGGAAAAGUUUGAUGCAGAGAGUUUAAAAAUGGAAAAUGAGAAACACAAGGAAGAGAUCCAAGAAUUAAAAAAACUUCUGGAAGAAAAACAGAGAAAUGAAAAAUACUUCAAAAUGGAAGAUGAAAAACAAGAAAUUGAAUUUCAAGAACUAAAGCAGCUGAGAGAUGGGAUUGCAGACUUAAAAGAGAGGCGUGACAUUGAAGAGUUUGAAUUCUUGGAAAAAGAAGUUGUGAAACAAGAAAAGGCACAGCAAAAUCAUGAAAUUGCAAAGUUAAAACAAUUGGUUCACAAUUCUGAAAUUUAUAAUCAAGAACUUGAGAUUGAACUAAAGGCAAAAACAAAACAAUUAAAAGACCAGGAGCAGAGUCGCCUUGUUCUUCAACAGCGGCUAGAUCAAAUAAAAGAAAUUUCAGAUGGCCAGACAGAUCUUGAGACAUUAACGAUCCAGAUCAAACAACUACAACAGUCAUUGAAUGAUGCAGAGGUUGUAACCUGUGAUGCAAAGAAAGACUCUGCUUUUCUCAGAAGUGAAAAUUUGGAGCUCAAAGAAAUCAUGAAUGAAAUGAAAGUGAACUAUCAACAGAUGGAAAAGGAUGUUCAGUCGUACCGCACUAAGCUAGAUACUGAACGAUCGCGCUAUAAGCAAAUGCAAUCUGAUUUGCAGAAAGAAUUGAAAUCUGUUUACAGUGAAAAUACCAAACUAAUUUCACUUCUGGAUGGGAAAGUUCCUAAAGAUGUAUUGGAUCGUUGCUAUCUGGAAAAGAACAUUGCUGAUCUUCAACAACAAUUGGAAAAAGCAGAAAAAGAAAAUAUUAGUCUGCAUCAAGAAGUGGUCAUUUUAUCUCAGGAAAAAAUGUUGCCAGAAAAAGUAGAUGAAUUUGAAAAACAGGUGUCAAAGUUAACAGAAGAACUGAAUGAUGUUACCGCUGAACGUGAUAACUUGUUGGUGGACAGAGAAGGAAAUGUCAAGCAACUUGAGAGCUUGCAGAAAGAAAUGUCAUUGAUUGGUCAAGAAAGAGAAAAAUUCCAAGAAGCAUUACUGAGCCUUCAAUCUGAGAGGGAUCAUCAGGACAAUUUGAAAGCUGAGCAACAGAAUGAAGUACAGGCAAGGCUCAAAGUGGAAUUAGAAUUAUACUGCUCACAGCUUGAUGAAGAGAGAGUUAAAUGUUUACACCUUCAGCAUAAUAUUGAAGACAAAGAAUGUAAAGUUAAAGAGCUGGAGCAACAACUAAUGCUGGAGGUUGUGAAUAAAAAGGAAUUGGAUAAUAUGUUUUCUGAAAUGUCAGAAAAAGUUGAAAUACUUAACAAUGAAAAAGAAGAGCUGAUGACUAAAUUGCACAUUUUAACAAAAGCCAAUGAAGACGUGACAAUGUCACAAACCAGGCCUGAAAAGGAUCAAGAACCUCUGAAUGUGACCUCUGAAGCUGAAACUACUGAGACAAAGCGUUUAACUGAAGAACUUGUCGUACAUCAGAAAAAUUACACAGAAGUCAGUGAUGAGAAAGAGAAGUUGCAUGAAGAAUUGUUGAAUCUUCAAACUGAGAGGGAUCAGUUGAAAUGUGAUCUUCAAGAAAAUAUUGAAAUGUGUAUAGAGAACCAAGCAGAAUUGAGAAGCCUAUAUGAAAAACUGAAAAAGAAGCAAAAUGUGGAGAUGGAACUAAAGAAAAGUUUGGCUGAAAAAGAGUGCUUGUUAAACGAUGAGAAGGAAAAGUUCUUGCAGGCCAGUCAGGCAUUGGAUGUUGCCCAAGGGGAGCUGCAAUACGAGCGUCAGCUGGUGAAUGAAAUAAAAACAGAAAUUCACGAAAAGAAAGAUAUGUUCAGCAUUCAAGAAAACCUUCCUGAAAUAGUUGAUAAAAAGCAAAACCAAGUUGAUGAACUUUGUCUGGUGGCUCGGCAUGAUACAUUGGUUGCUGAGAUCGAAGAGCUGAGAGCCUGUGUUUCCAAACAAAAGGAAACUGAAAUUCGGGAAGAGGAAUUUAACCAGCGGUUCCAGCAAUUGGAGGAUGCAAAAUCAAACUUGCUAAAGGAGAAGUAUGAGUUCCAGGAGACACUGAAAUGUAUCAAAGCAGAAAAUGAUGAAAUGAAAAGAGCCCUUGAAGAAAAGACUAAGAUGACACAGAAGCAAGAUGACAAACUUCACCAGACAGUAGCUCAGUGUGACAUAUUGCUUCCUGAGAUCGAAGAACUGAAACAUGGCAUUUCCAAAGAACGGGAAGUAGAAAUUCAGGAAGAGGAAUUCAACCAACGGUUCCAGCAACUGGAAAAUGAAAAAUCAUCCUUGAUUGGGGAAAGGGACGAGCUCCAGGAAAAUCUCAGAUGUAUUGAAGAGGAGAAAGAUGAAAUGAAGAAAAUACAGCAAGAAAAUACGGAGGUGAUGCAAAAGCAAACUGAAGAACUCUGCCGUGUGAAUUUUCAGCAUGACGUGUUGCUUGCUGAGAUGGAAGCGCUAAGAACUCGUGUUUCCAAAGAACUGGAGGUAGAAAUUAAGGAAGGGGAAUUAAACCAACAGUUCCAGCAGCUGGUGGAUGAAAGAUCAUCCUUACUAAAGGAAAACAACAAACUCCAGGAGUCACUGAAAUGUAACAAAGCUGAAAAAGAUGAAAUGAAAAAGGUUCUGCAAGAAAACUCUGAGGUGGUGCAAAAACAAAGAGAAGAACUUCACUGCACAUUGUCUCAGCGUGACACGUUGCUUGCUGAGGUUGAAGAGCUGGGAGCUCGUAUUUCCAAAGAACAGGAGGUAGAAAUUCGGAAAGAGGAAUUCAACCAACGGGUCCAUCAGCUAGAGGAUGAAAAAUCUUCUUUGGUAAAGGAAAAAGACAAACUCCAGGAGACACUGAAAUGCAUCAACACAGAAAAAGAUGAAAUGGUGAGAACACUGCAAGAAAAAAACAGCAUGAUGCAAAAGCAAAGUGAAGAGCUAAGCUGCAUGGUUUCUCAGCGAGAUGCAUUACUUGUUGAGGUAGAAGAUCUGAGAGAAAGUGCUUCCAAGCAACUAAAAGCAGAAAUUCAAGAGGAGGAAUUUAACCAGCAGUUCCAGCAACUCGCAAAUGAAAAAUUAUCAAUAGUAAAAGAAAAGAACGAGCUUGAGGAGAAAUUGAAGAGUAUCAUGGCAGAAAGGGAUGGAAUGAAGAAAAUCUUGCAGGGAAACACUGAAAUUAUGCAAAAUCAAGAUGAGGAACUAUGCCAGAUAGCAUCUCACCGUGACAUGUUGCUUGCUGAGACUGAGGAGUUGAGAACUCGUGUUUCCAAAGAACAGAAAGCAGAAAUUCAGGAGGAAGCAUUCAAUCAGCUGCACCAGCAGCUGGAGGAUGAAAAAUCAUCCAUAAUGAAAGAGAGAAAUGAUUUUCAUGAAUCACUGGCCUGUGUCAAAAUAGAAAGUGAUGAAAUGAAGAGAGCAUUGCAAGAAAAGAUACAAGAGCAGGCUGAAGAGCUCCAUCAGUUGACAUCUCAGCGAGACUUGCUGCUCAAAGGUAUUGAAGAGUUAAGAACAUGUGCUUCCAAAGAGCAGAAUCUGGAAAUUUUAGAAGAAAAGUUCAACCUGCGUCUUCAGCAAUUAGAUGAUGAGAAAGCAGCCAUUGUAAAGGAGAAGGAGAAGUUACUGGAGAUGCUAGAGCGGCUUCAAUUACAAAAGGAUGAAAUGAAGGGAACCCUGCAAGAAAACAUUAAUGCAAUACAAGUUCAAACUAAAGAGCUGAACAGCGUGAUUUCUGAACGUGACAUGCUGCUUGCUGAGAUCAAAGAGCUAAGAGCUGUUUCAAAAGACCGGCAUAGAAACAUUCUGGAAGUGGGAUUCAGCCAGCAGCUGCAGCAGCUAAAAGAUGAAAAGUCGGCCAUGGACAAGGAGAUGGCUGUGCUCCAAGCGAAACUAGAGCGUGUCAAGGUAGAAAGGGAUGAAAUGAAGAGAACACGGAAGGAAAACACUGAGGAAGAAAGAAGAAAUAAAGAGCUUACUGAACUAGUCGCAAGCUUGGAAAAACAAAUUGCUACUUUAAAAGAGGAGCAGGUGCAAAUUGAAUCCACUAUUCCAGAAAAUCAGGAACUUGAAACUGAAAUUAAGAAGCUUUUUAACCAUCUAGAGGUGAAAGAUCUUCUUUUGCAGGAAACAAUUGAAGGUUUAUUCCAAUUGGAAAAUGAGUACAAGAUUGAUUUAGAUGAAACUAACCAACAGCUUUCAAGAGAGAGGGAAGCAUGGAAUGAACUACUGGGCAGAUUUUGUGCUAAAUUCCCUGAAGAAUCAAUAGAGUCGAUGAGAAUUAAGAAGCUACAAGAAGAGAAGCAAAAACUAUAUGAACACCUUCUGUUGUGGAGGAAUCAUUUUAUGAGAGAUUUGAACACAGUACCUCAGAAUGUAAAGUGGUAUCAAGUCCCAAUAACUAAACGUGACAUGGGUCUAGCAGAUGAGAUAAAGAAAAGUGCAGAAUUGUGCAUACAGUUACAGACUAUGAAAAAGCAGGUUUCUGAUUCGCCUUUGCAAGAGUUUACAUCGGAAGAGAAGAACCCUGAAAUACUGCGACUUUCCACUUUAAUUGAAUGCAAAGAAACCCACUUGAAGAAUACACAGCAAACCUUGUCUGACUUGAAGCUAAAAUGCCAAAACUGCCUGAGAAGCACUAAGAAUGGAUUAUCUUCCGUGACAAAAGCUCGAAAUAUUCUUAUGGAAAGAAUUUCUGUUGUGCCUUGUACUAACGUUUUGAAAACAAUUCAAGAAAUUGAACAUGAAAUGCAAACUCUGAAUCAUGACUUUCAACGUAAAAAUGAAGUAGUUCAGAAUGAAGUGACAUUUUCUAAGUCAUUGCAAACUGAAUAUGUAAAGUACAUCAGGAAUUCUUGUAAUGAGAUGGCUAACGAGAAGAAAAAGAAUGAGAAGCUGCUUUUGGAAAUUGUUACUUAUAGACAGCAAUUCAACAAAAAUGGCCGUGAUCCACUAUUGGCUAUGGAAAACCAAAACCUGAAGAAAAAAGUGAAGGUGGAUGAACAAUCGCUUCAGGAGAUGGGAAUAAAGGUUCAAGAAUUAGAAAAGGCAUUGACCACAAGCCAAGAAAUAAACAAACGGCAAGAAGAUAAAGUCACGCAAUUGCAGACAGAGUUGAGCUCCAAAACAUUAGAGAAGAAACUUGAAGAUCUUCAGACAAUAUUAUUGAUGAAGGACAACCACAUUAAUAGUUUGGAAGAAACUCUAAAGAAGUUGCAGGCUAAGCUGGACAUGGGAGCUCAGCCCUUCAAGGUGGAGAUGAACGAGCUGAAAAAUCACUUGUUUACCUUGGAGAUGGACAAGGUUAAAGAAAGGAAAAGUCUUGAAAAUCAGAUUAGUAAUCUAAAAGCCUGUUUGGAACAGAAAGAAGAGCUGAUGCGACAAACAAAAGAACAUUUACGUAGAUACCAACAAGAACAGGACACCACAAUUGUAGUUGAAAAUAAUAAUGAGAUGUGUUCCAAUGAAGCAUCUCUGACAUGCAGUGCAGGAAGUGGAAUAGUUCAAAAUGCACUUUUACUUGUGUUAAAGUGUGAGAAAGCUAAACUUCAUGAAGACCUAAAUCGUGUCAAGAAGGAAAAUGCACGUCUCGUAAGAACUUUGUCUGAGCUAAAAUAUGAAAAUUCUAAAUGGAAAGAUAGAGCAUUAAGACUUAAAGAAAAGGAGAAAGCGUCAUCAGGACAUCAAUGUGAAAAUAUUCCGUGUACUUUGACUCCAAGUCUAGAAGAGAGCAUUACUCCCUAUUCAUUCACAGAGUGCGCACCAGUGCCACAAAAAACAGAAAUUUCAACAGCUUUAUUUCCUCCUGAAGUCAAAACUGGUGCCCAAACUGAUGAAAUGUCACUCACUUCAGAAAAAAUGCGACCAAUUGAUUCUUCUAAAGUGUCAUCUUUUGGGACUGAGUCCAAGUGGCAAUUGCCUAGCUCCAAAAUUUUCGAUAACUCACAACUGGGUUUCCCAGCAGCUGAAAGUCCUCAACGCAAAGCUAAAUCUGAGGGGAAUGAACGUGAUGACUGGCCCAAACCUUCUGCUUCUGAUCCUCAAUGUAAAAUGCAAUGAAUGGUGUCUGAUGCGGAGUGUGAAUAGGUUAAAAUCCAUCAGGUGGACUCACUAUUGUACAGCUAUUGUUAUGUUGCUCACUGAACUGUAAUUAGCUUGUACAGUUUCAAUUGUACUUUGUAGCUCAGAUUAUCAAUGAUGUUGCAAUAACUGUGGUGAACAGAAAACAAAUGACGAACACACAAUGCACAGAUUUGGAAUACCUUUUUUCUGCCAACAUUGGUAUUUCUUGUUUCUGAUUCUACUUUCAUAAAAUGAAUAGCGGCAGCAACAUUUAUGUCAAAUAAAUAAGGGUAAUAGUUGAAUUGUGUGAAAUAUUUCUGUAUCACUUUCUGUAGCAAUAUUUAAACAACAGUUGGUAGUAAAAGAGGCUGUUUAUUGAAGUAUGACAAGGAAAAUAUGAUACCUACAGACAUGCAGCAUGGAAAGAAACCCUUUAUCCAAUUAGCCCGUGCCCAUCUAAGUCAAUUCUAUUUACUCGCGUUUGGCCCAUAUGCCCCUCAUUGGUUCCUAUCCAUGUACCUGUCCAUAUGUCUCUUAAAUAUUGGUAUUAUACCUACCUCAACCACUUAAUCUGGUAUUUGUUCCAUAUACAUACCACCCUCUGUAUGGAAAAAGUUGCCUCAAGUUUUCCAAUUAAAUCUUUCUCCUAUCACAUUCCAGUUCUUGAUUCCCUUUAUCCAUUUGAGUUUAUCCCUUAAAAAUCUUCUCUUCACACUUUCGGGCUUAAUGGCAUAUUUCCUAUAGCUUGGUGACCAAAACAAAACACAAUAUUUCUAGUACAGCCUCGCCAACAUCUUGUACAACUCCAACAUUACAUCCUAAGCUGUCAAUAAUCACUAUUUCGAACCAUGGGUUCCCUCUCCCAACCAUGAAGCAGCCACCCCUAGCGAUCAAAGUAGUUUUAAGCACAGUUGUAUUUUUGAAUAAAGCAAGUUUGAUUAUGUUUAAUUUCUACAAGACUCAUACGGGUAAUUUACAAAGGAUUUAAUACGCAUUUUAUCCUUUACAAAGAUUUCAAUGGCACCAGUACAAUUAUUGCAUUACUGGAAAAAGAUAUGCAACAAGUGGUUGACAAACAAGCCAUCUGUUGAUAAAGGAGGCUGAAGAGUGCAUUCUGUCUCUUUCUCUAACUCUUUUCCCCACUCAAAAUGCCCCCCUUAUUGUUAUAUUGGCCAGACCAACUGAAUGAUAUGACUUAAUUAAUUUGACAUCUUAUUUUUCUAUCAGACCACAUUACUCACAAUUGUCUGGUGGUGUGUUUUAUUAAAGUUUUGUUAAGAUU